UCGCUACGCUAGCCCAGCCGCGCUGGUGUCCUGCUCUCGCCGCUCUCGGCUCGCCGCUGGGGGCUGAGUGUUUACGGAAAGCGUCGUUUUCUGCCCACUUUCCGUCUUUCGUGUUCUGCCGACUCUUCUGCUCAGCAGGCUGCAGGUGAUUUAAGCAAGGGGAAACAUGUUACAGCCGCACGUUUCUUAAAUCAGCUAACGAUAGCUGCGUCGUUUGACAGCUAACGCUAACUAGCGCCAUUAGCAUUCGCCAUCAGUUUCAAAACAAAACCCCCCAGAUCGAGAAGUUUGGCCUCAUCUGGGCACCCGAAGAAGUCGCGAGGUCGCAGAUAAUAAUACUACUAAUAAUAAAGGAUAAUAAUAAUAAGGCGGACUUGAUUGAGCGGCCAGAGGUAGUCAGUAAUAAGUGCUGUCCACCCAAUGUUUUGACAAGACACUUGGCUAAAGCGACGUAGGCGAUCAGCGGUUUUGCACGCGUCACGUAGCCCCGACAGCUGACCGCUUUAUUGAUUGGAGCUUACUGGAGUUUGCUUACCAGCCUUUUCCUCCGAGUUAACGCAACAUGUCGGAGAAGAGUUCUUCGUCGGGGUCCGAUGAGGAUGUAGACCCGGAAUCCGGGCAGCCUGUCGAGCUCGGGGGUGUUCUCAGUAAGUGGACUAACUACAUACAUGGAUGGCAGGACCGGUGGGUUGUAUUGAAGAACAACACUUUGAGCUAUUACAAGUCAGAGGAUGAAAGGGAGUAUGGCUGCAGGGGCUCUCUCUGCCUUAGCAAGGCUGUCAUCACUCCUCAUGAGUUUGACGAGUGUCGUUUUGACGUCAGUGUGAAUGACAGCGUUUGGUACCUCCGAGCUGAAGACCCUGAGCACAGACUCCAGUGGAUUGAGUCCAUCGAGCUCCACAAGCAGGCUGAGUCGGGGUAUGGUUCAGAGACCAGUCUGAGGCGUCAUGGUUCCAUGUUGUCCCUCACCUCAGCUGCCAGUGCCUUGUCUGCCACAUCCACAUCUUCCUUCAAGAAGGGCCACAGCUUGCGUGAGAAGCUGGCUGAGAUGGAGACCUUCCGGGACAUUUUGUGCAGACAAGUGGACACACUGCAGAAAUACUUUGACUCUUGUGCUGAUGCCGUUUCCAAGGAUGAGUUCCAGAGAGACAGAGUAGUGGAGGAGGAUGAAGAUGACUUCCCUAGCACCACACGGCCUGACAGUGACUAUCUUCACAACAACAACGGCAGCAAGGAGAAAUUAUUUCCCCCUGCCAGUCCCAAAGGUGUCAAUGGUAUUGACUUCAAGGGUGAAGCUAUUACUUUCAAGGCCACCACAGCCGGCAUCCUGUCAACCCUGUCCCACUGCAUCGAGCUGAUGGUCAAACGAGAGGACAGCUGGCAGAAGAGACUGGACAAGGAGCUGGAGAAGAGGAGAAGGGUAGAGGAUGCAUACAAGUCUGCAAUGAAUGAACUGAAGAAGAAGUCUCACUACGGGGGCCCAGACUACGAGGAGGGGCCCAACAGUCUCAUCAAUGAGGAUGAGUUCUUCGAUGCUGUGGAAGCGGCUCUGGACAGACAGGACAAGAUCGAGGAGCAGUGCCAGUCAGAGAAGGUGAGACUACCUCGUCUCACUCCUGUUCCCCCUGGAGAUGCCUACUCCACCAUUGGUACACACCGAUUUGCCUCUAAGCCCCAUAGCCAUUCCUCCUCCCUGUCCUCCGUUGAGCUAGUCAGUGCUUCAGAUGACAUUCACAGAUUCAGCAUCCAGGUGGAGGAGAUGGUGCAGAGUCAUAUGACCUACUCCCUUCAGGACAUGGGAGGAGAUGCCAACUGGCAGCUGGUGAUAGAGGAGGGAGAGAUGAAGGUGUACAGGAGAGAAGUGGAGGAAAAUGGUAUUGUCCUGGACCCACUCAAAGCCACACAUGCUGUUAAAGGUGUGACAGGACAUGAGGUCUGCCACUACUUCUGGGAUACAGCUGUCCGGAUGGACUGGGAAACCACCAUCGAAAACUUCAAUGUUGUGGAAACGCUCUCAGAUAAUGCUAUCAUUGUGUACCAGACACACAAGAGAGUGUGGCCUGCGUCUCAGAGAGAUGUCCUGUACUUGUCAGCCAUCAGAAAGAUCCUAGCCACCAAUGAGAAUGACCCUGACACAUGGCUGGUCUGUAACUUCUCUGUUGACCAUGACAACGCCCCUCCCACCAACCGGUGUGUUCGUGCCAAAAUCAAUGUGGCGAUGAUCUGUCAGACCCUGGUCAGCCCACCAGAGGGAGAUAAGGAAAUCAGCAGAGACAAUAUCCUCUGUAAGAUCACUUACGUUGCCAACGUGAACCCAGGAGGCUGGGCCCCGGCCUCGGUUCUCAGAGCUGUGGCCAAGAGGGAAUACCCCAAGUUCCUUAAGCGCUUCACCUCCUAUGUCCAGGAGAAAACUGCUGGGAAACCCAUCCUCUUCUAACAGGACCCCCCCCCCCCGUUCUCCAGAAGAAGGGGAUUCUCCAUUGGGGAGGCUAUAUUUCUCAACAUCAGACAAGCUACCACCAAGUACAUGAACCAUUGACCUGUCAGAAUGUCUAUUCAAACUACAUUACCCAGGAUCC